AUGUCAGUAGAUUUUUACACGGCCAGGUACAUGCCCACCAACACAUUGGAGACUCUGGCCGCAGUGGCUUGCUUUAUCUCCAGUAUCAACAUUGGUGGUGGUUUCACUGUGAACCAGCGUAUGUUGGACAUGUUUAGACGACCAGGAGACCCACCAGAGCAUAACUGGAUGUACGGGGUGCCGGCUCUAGGGUUCGUGGGUGGCUACGGGACCUUGGCGGUCUCGGGCGCGUAUCCCGAUAUCCAUCAGAUGACCUACCUAGCCGCGUUACUGUGCUGCGUGGAUGCCCUCACUGGACUCUCGUCUCAGACCACCUGCAGGCUCGGUAACUCUCUGGGAAUGAUCGGUGUAUCCUCGGGUCUUGCUGCCACAGUGGGGAUACUCGCGCCCACCCCUGAAUCAUUCGCACAGAUGGCUGCAUGUGUUGGAGCUGGUGGUCUCCUCGGAGUUGUUGCGGGCAAGAAAGUUGAGGUCACUGACCUUCCUCAGAUAAUGGCGCUGUUCCACAGCCUUGUCGAUGCAGCAGUGGUGACGUGUAUCGCAAACUUCAUGGCAGAGAACCCACAUUUCGCCACGGAACCUGCUGCUGGCGUUCAUAAGACAGCCCUGUUCCUUGGAACGCACAUCGGUGGUGUGACGUUUACUGGGUCACUUGUGGCCUUUGGAAAACUUCAAGGGGCUCUUAAGUCCAACCCCUUACUACUGUUUGGGCGACACCCACUAAACCGUGGCAUGCUGCUGGCCAACGUUGGUGCCUAUGGCUACUUCAUGAUGCAUGGCGCCUACAUGAGCGGGCUGACCAUGCUUGCGUCAACUACAAUUCUAUCCAGCGUGAUGGGUGUUACACUGACCAUGGCUAUCGGAGGUGCCGACAUGCCGGUGGUGAUCACCGUUCUCAACAGCUACUCUGGAUGGGCACUCUGCGCUGAAGGCUUCAUGUUGAACAACAACCUGAUGACGAUCGUCGGCGCCCUCAUCGGGUCCUCUGGAGCCAUCCUGUCCUAUAUCAUGUGCAAGGCCAUGAACCGGUCCUUGGCUAACGUCAUUCUUGGAGGCUACAACAUUUGAACCAAGUCCCACGCUGGUGGUAAACCAAUGGAGAUCACAGGCACCCACACUGAGGUAGAUGUGACAGAGUACAUUGCGAACGCCAAGAACAUCAUCAUUGUCCCUGGUUACGGACUGUGCGUUGCAAAGGCCCAGUACCCGAUUGCAGAGAUGGUUGACAACCUGAAGAAGAAGGGAAAGCACGUGCGCUUCGGAAUUCACCCAGUUGCUUGUCGUAUGCCUGGACAACUGAAUGUACUCCUGGCUAAGGCUGGUGUGCCGUACGACAUUGUACAGGAGAUGGACGAACUCAACCAUGAGUUCCCGGAUACUGACCUAGUUCUUGUCAUCGGCGCCAACGACACGGUAAACUCGGCUGCGGAGGAAGACCCCAACUCAAUCAUUGCUAGAAUGCCCGUGCUGCGUGUUUGGGUUGCGAAACAGGUUGUCGUAAUGAAGAGGUCUCUGGGUGUAGGAUAUGCAGCUGUUGACAACCCAAUCUUCUUCAAAGAGAACACCAACAUGCUGCUUGGAGAUGCCAAGAAAACGUGCGACGCGCUACUGACUAGUGUAAAGGCGCACUACGGAGACUAACGAUUGCAUUGGAAUAGGAGUUAUGAAAUUUUUUAUCGACAUUGCCAGUGAUAACUUUUUUAUAUGUCAUGCUUUGAAUUGAAUAAAGUGGUGGAUAGAUACUAUGUUUUGAUAUAUAUGUGAACAAAACUCUGUGUUUGGUAAAUAUGCUUUACAUGUGAAAUUUAAUAUAUAUUAAGAGCAUAGAUUUAUUGCAAGGAACAGUGUUUGUUAAUUCAGGUGUUGUCUCCGAUUCUGGACAUUUAGUUUAUGAUUUUAAUUUGAAUAAUAAUUGACAUGCCUUUUCCAUUGACUUUGAAUUUUUAGAUCAAUAUUUAAAAUUUGAUGAAUGAUUGGUUUACAAAACGUGUUUUUCAAUAAAUCAUUGUUUAAAUAGAAAAAAAUAAGUGGUCAGUUACUCUUGAUAAGUUAUAUUUAAUAACCUUAUAAAUAAUUAGAGAAGAUAAAAUUUAAAAAAUGAGAUGUUUGUUUAUAUAGUUUUUGUGAAGGCAGUGCCUUCACUUCUUUAUAUUGGAUUAGUUUUAAGAUUUGUGAUCAUGAUGAAUUUUCUGUAAAAUAUUAUUUUUAUACCUAAUUAUUGGAGAGAUUAGGCCAUAUAUAUGCUUAUAAUAGUGUAUACAGGAACUUAGUUGUUUGUUUAUUUUUAUUUUCGGAAGUAUUAUUUGUCAUAUUUUUUUCCCCAAAAUAAAACAUUUCUAAAUACUAAGUUAGUAAAACAUACAUUUAAUGAUAUUUGCUGUUAAGAAAUAAUAACUUGUUAAAGUCAUCGGUUAACUGAGAUUGGAAUAAUUUUGUGCCGUUUCUUACAAAUUGAGGUAAUUACUUUAAUCUGGUGUUGAACCAAUAUUUGUGUGAUAUUUGGAACGCUAAUAAAUAUCAAUUUGAAACAACACAAAAGUGAUGGGGGAAUAAAAACUUGCUUUUGUCGCAUUUAUGAUUAUAGCAUUUCGUAGUUUCAUGGUAACUACUAUUUGUAAAAGGUUGGCUAGACAUGUUCUGGUGAUACAAAUGUUUCCAUUUUGUGCUGUGUUGAAAUAUUUAUUUAGGAAACACUAUGAUGUGCUAAGAGACUGAAUUAACAGUUUCCUCAGA